CGGUGCGUGCCCGGCGGUUGCUGAGAUUACCUGCCAGCCGUUCACAUCAACCACAUCUCAUCGAUUCUUUCACACCGCAUCAGCUUCUGUCCGUCCUCCUCUUUAGCGUGCCUUUCCCCGCCUUCCUGACGAGGGGCACCGGCCACCAGCCACCAGCAGGUCGAGGACUUUUGACGCCGACGCGGUAUUUGAUAUUGAUGACACAGAAUUAGAAACAUCACAGGCGACGUGGCGACUUGCUCGCCUACCUGCGUGGGCAUGGAGGGAGAAACAUUGACGUCCUGGUUGCCAUGCUCAGCCGUCAUGGGGAAUCGUCCAGCAUUGACACGCUGCGAGGAACGACUCCAACGAUGAGAUGAAACCUGGACUCCCGGGGGCCGAGAGGGAGCGACGGGGAUCUGGGCAUGCCGGCAGUCGACCUUGGCCGGCUUCACCAACACUCGCGCUACUGUCACCUUUUCUCCGGCGGCGGCGGCGGCGGCGGUGGCUAGUGGACGGUGACUGUCGCCACCGCCGGCGUACCUGCCGCUAACCUGUCAGACCUGCACAAUAAUACCCGACCAAUGUGGGCGAGUCCCACCGACUACUGCAGAAAGAAAGAAAAAGAUACGUCCUUGUACGCCUUGCGCGCUGCAUCCGAGGUCGUUGAUAUGUCGAUAUCCCGGCCAACACAGGGCUGCGCCGGGCGACGAGCGACGAAUACCUGUACAGACACAGCAAUCACAACUCAUCCAUGGAUGGGCCACAGGAUCUCAAGUCCCUGGAGGCCUGGGGUCAGCUCGUCGAGGGGAGGGGUGGUCUACCAGACUCUGAGCGAAUCUGAAACGACAGGGGAGAGGUGGCUGAUCUUCCUCGCCUCGCCGAGUUCGACGAAACAUGACACUUUCGACGUCGACUUUAUCGUCCGGACCCGUGGUGGGCACCACGACAACCUCAAUGGGCAACGCAACGCCCACCAGAGCGUAGCGUGCCGCCCGCCCGCCUCCCAUGGCAACAUGGCCAAGCAAAGUAUGAUUCGUGCAUGAGCUUGCCCAUCUGGUAUUUAGUGCGGAUCUCUGGGGCCCGGGGCAAGCAGAAGCUGCGGUGACGGCGGAGAAUCACCGUAAACGAUGCAACACCAGCAUGCACCCAGCCAUCCGUUCCCAUUCCCACCGCGGGUUUUCUCGACAAGUCUCCCCUACCCUUGCUACGUCGAUGGCUAGUCCUCUGGCGUGAGCACGACCGACAGCUCGUGUUGAUGUCAACCGGCAGCUCUUCCCCAUUUUUUUCACUGCAACCGGCGAGUUUGUUCACUUGCGGGCAACCAGGGCUUCGCCGCCUUGCCCUUUGGUCUGGAAGCAUGGAGGUGUGCUUGAGCCAAUGUUGUGCAGCACCCGAAACACGGUGAGAGGGGCGGCUUUCAGGUACAUGAAACACGGGCGACGACCUUUUGGGUACAUGUCACAUUGUCUUCCAGAACGAUUUGGGGCAGCGAUCACUCGUCCAUGUCAGCUUUGAGCACGCUCGCUCAGCUCUCGAGGUCUGCCAAACGAAGGGAUCUCCCCAGCAAGGCUGGGUCUGGACGAAUACAUCGCGCCCCCUGCUUAGGGAGCUCACGGUCCUUUUGCAAGGUAUCUCGCUGGACUAUUCCGGAGGACGACGCCGACGACGACCGACUGCCCAAGUUGCUAGAGGAGGGGUAUCAAGGCCCUCUCGACGAGCUCCGCUGUCACAGAUCCUGAUGACGGGAACGGACGGCCAACCAGGAGAUAUCGAGGACACGGACUGGGGUGCUUUUCGCCUCGAGCCUCGCGGGUCGAGGCAGGCAGCUGGACGGCUACAACUCGACUUGUAACGCAACACCUUUACCCGCACGAACUAACUAAGACGUUCCACUGGUAUGCAUGUCUUCUCGAAUCAUGUUAGUCAUAAGCUCUGUUGCGGUGCGGACGCCCGCCAGUCCCUUACUCGGAGCUAGAGACUGGAUUGAUAUCACAACGCCAUCUCCCAAGUGCGGACGAGGCAUCAGCUGGCCAGUGUCAGACAGAUCCCGACUUGGACAUGCCAUUUUACUAGGAGCUCUUAUUUUUGGCCAUAUCUCAAACUUGACGGCAUCUGCCAUCAAAUCUUUCCAUCCAUACCACCGCCACCUCUGCUGCCCACCGUUCUUGUUUCACAUCGCCGCGUUUGUUUCGCCGCCUAACAGUCCCACGAAAAACGAGGAUCUGUGCCUGAAUCAUUCGCGUCAACCCACCACGCACCGUCCUCCUCUAUCCAGCCCUCAUCCGAAGCGGUAAACAUUUGGUUAGGUCGGUUCCUGCAGGGCAUGGAUUGCGCAUACUUCGCCCACGGUGGUGAUGUGCUUUGACGCUGUGACCGAGUUGCACAGGUACUACUCGGGCAAAUAUCUGAAACCUUGACAGACGAAUUGCGCCCACAGUGUCGAACUCGACCCGCCUCGUGGCUCUGAUAUGCCGCCUGCCUUGACUGCUCUAGUCAUCGUCUGUGGAUGAGAAAGCGCCGACAUAGCCUUCCGAGCUGCAUGGAAUCCUUCUAUCUCGCAACCGAACUUUACCUCCGUUACCGGUUCUUCCUACCCGUCUGUCCGUAGCCCUUUUCCCCCAGCAAAUCCUGCUACCCAGCUGUCAGUCUGCGCCACUGCCGUCUGCUGCUUCCAAACGAACGGCUGCGCUCUUGGACUGGAAAGCCUAUCAAGCCAGACCUUGUCAUGUGGGCAAAACAUUCCUCCCGCUUUCCGCCACAGCUCAAGGUCUGCAUCCACAUCCCAGCCAUGAUCUUCCAGACCCAGGUCUUCCCAGAUCGAGGCGCUCCCUUGGCCUAGCCUCGCCGGUAGACCCCUGAGCGAGAUCGACUCCUGAAACCGCAGCCCUCGUCCGCC